AUGCACAGAGUGCAUAGAACCGAAUGUGGCCGGAGCGAACAAUACUCACGAACAAAUGAAGCAAGAUUGGGUCAUAAUAGGCCCAACAAAAAAAUCCGGAACGAUGAUGAUGAUGCGCUCGGCGAUGGAUGUGCGGGAAAGAAAAAAGUACUAACGGACAAGGUAAGGACAGCGAACGAGCAUCGAGAGAACUACAUCCAACGAAAGCUGUAG